GCUCGACGCGCCUACAGCAACACGUUAAUCGAGGUUGCUGAGUGUGUUCACAACCCUCACAUCCUUCACAAUGGUUGGACCCGUAACGAAAACACCGGCAAAGCGAGCGCUCGCUGAAGCCUCAAGCAACCGCGUAAACGCAUCGCCGCGCUCCGCAAAGAAGCUCAAGAUCGAAAAUGGCGCCACGACAGGAGGGCCGCCGGUCAAGAAGGUCAAUAGAUCGUUCAACUCGAGCCAGCUGGGGCCGAGCCAGUUCGAAACCACGCUGGAACAGAUGACACAGGACAUCGAGGCUUUGAAGACGAAGAACACGGAGAAGGACCAGCAAUGGAAGCGACCGCCGCUGCCGGAAGGCUUCAGCGAGAUGACCUCGAAGGUCGUUUUCCAGCAGAUUGAAGCCGAAGAAAGCGUGCUGAACGGCGGAAAGCCGGCAGUCAAGUUGUUCGGUGUGACAGAGAACGGCCACUCAGUCCUCCUCCACGUCACCGGCUUCCUCCACUACUUCUACGUCGCCGCACCAAUCAACUUCCACAAGGAAGACUGCAAGCCAUACCAGACCUUCCUCGAGAGCGAGUGCCAGAAGCAGUUCAACCAGCACUCGGCCGUGAUCGCAUCCGUCCAGAUGUGUAUGCGCGAGAACAUCCUCCGCUUCCAAGGCAACCAGAAGAGCCCAUACCUCAAGAUCACAGUCAACGACCCCAAGAUGAUCAACCGCGUGCGGACCAUGGUACAAAAGGGCAAUGCCAACUACAAGAGGCUCUGGCCUGCGCGCGAGGAUGGCAUCUUAACCUUCGACAACAUCGCAUACGUUCUGCGGUUCAUGAUCGACACAAAAAUCGCGGGUAUGUCGUGGGUGGAGGCGCCCGCCGGAAAGUACAAGCUGUUGCAUCCGCGAGACCAGCACUCCAACUGCCAGAUUGAGGCACAGAUACAUUACUCUGAUCUGAUUGCGUAUCAGUCGGAAGGGGAAUGGGCCAAAUCCGCACCCCUCCGCAUCCUUUCCUUCGAUAUCGAAUGCGCUGGUCGCAAAGGUGUCUUCCCGGAGGCGAACGUUGACCCCGUCAUUCAGAUCGCCAACGUCGUCACAAGAAACGGUGAGGAGAAACCAUUCGUGCGCAAUGUGUUCUGCCUGGACACAGUCAAUUCUAUCGUGGCCACACAAAUCUUCUCCUUCGCCGACGAAGGCGACAUGCUGAUGAAGUGGCGAGACUUUGUCGAGGAGGUCGAUCCGGAUGUCAUCAUCGGAUACAACAUUGCCAACUUCGAUUUCCCAUAUCUGCUCGAUCGCGCCAAGCACCUGAAGCUUGCCAAGUUCCCUUACUGGACACGACUGAAGACAGUGCAGUCGAAGGUCGAGUCCUCAAAUUUCUCGAGCAAGCAGCUUGGUAGUCGCGAUACAAAGACAACCAACACCAAUGGCCGCAUCCAGCUCGAUCUGCUCCAGCUCAUCCAGCGCGACCACCAGCUGCGAAGUUACACGCUGAACUCUGUGUGUGCGCAUUUCCUGAAAGAACAGAAGGAGGACGUACAUCACAGCAUGAUCACAGAACUCUUCAACGGUGACUCCAAUUCUCGGCGACGACUAGCGGUGUACUGCUUGAAGGAUGCGUAUCUGCCGCAACGAUUGCUGGACAAGCUGAUGUGUCUGGUCAACUACACCGAGAUGGCCAGAGUCACGGGUGUGCCAUUCAACUACCUCCUGGCCAGAGGACAGCAAGUCAGGUUUAUCAGUCAGCUUUUCCGGAAAGCCCUGGACCAUCAGCUCAUCUGCCCGGACCUACCAAAUCAAGGUAGCAGCGAGGAUCAGUACGAAGGUGCAACCGUCAUCGAACCCAAGCGUGGAUACUACAAGCAGCCCGUCGCCACACUUGAUUUCGCUUCGCUGUAUCCCAGUAUCAUGCAAGCUCAUAAUCUUUGUUAUACGACAUGGCUUGAUAAAGCGACAGUGGAAAAGCUGAAGAUGAAGAAAGACGAGGAUUACAUCGUCACGCCGAAUGGUGACAUGUUCUGCACAGUCAAGACACGCAAGGGCCUCCUCUCACAGAUUCUCGAAGAACUACUCUCCGCCCGUAAAAAGGCCAAGAGAGAACUCGGUGUUGAGAAAGAUCCGUUCAAGAAGGCCGUAUUGAACGGUCGUCAGUUGGCUUUGAAGGUCAGCGCCAACUCAGUAUAUGGUCUCACCGGUGCCACGAACGGAAAGCUGCCCUGUCUGGCUAUCGCCAGUAGUACCACCAGUUUCGGUCGUCAGAUGAUCGAGAAGACCAAAGCCGAGGUCGAGGCGAAGUACACCAUUGCGAACGGCUACAGUCACGACGCAGAGGUCAUCUACGGUGACACGGAUUCCGUCAUGGUCAAGUUUGGUACGUCGGAAUUGGCGGAGGCCAUGAAGUUGGGCGAGGAGGCCGCCGACUACGUGUCUUCAAAGUUCAUCAAGCCCAUCAAGCUCGAGUUCGAAAAGGUCUACUUCCCUUAUCUGCUGAUCAACAAGAAGCGUUAUGCUGGACUCUACUGGACGAACCCCCACAAGUGGGACAAGAUGGACACGAAAGGUAUCGAAACUGUCCGUCGUGAUAAUUGUCGUCUUGUUCAGACCGUUAUUGAAACGUCGCUGCGCAUGCUGUUGAUUGAUCAAGAUCCAGAGGGUGCUCAAGAAUUCGUAAAAGACACCAUCUCGGAUCUGCUGCAGAACAAGGUCGACAUGUCCAAUCUUGUCAUCACCAAGGCUCUUACCAAGCAGGAAGACAAGUCAGGCAACGGUGGCUAUGCGAACAAGCAAGCCCACGUCGAGCUCGCCGAACGAAUGAAGAAGCGCGACGCAGGUUCAGCUCCCGCGCUGGGUGACCGUGUCGCAUAUGUCAUGGUCAAGGCUGCCAGCGGUUCGAAGAACUACGAGAAGUCGGAAGACCCCAUCUGGGUCCUUGAAAACAACUUGCCCAUCGACACUCGAUACUACCUGGAUAACCAGCUCGCGAAGCCACUGGGCAGAAUCUUCGAACCCAUCCUCGGUGAGAAGAAGGCCAACUCGCUGCUCCUGGGCGACCACACGCGCGCCAUCUCUGUCGCAGCGCCGACGGUGGGUGGACUCAUGAAGUUCGCAAAGAAGACACAGACAUGCAUGGGCUGCAAGAAACCGCUCACAGCUGCGCACGAGAAAGAAGGCGCUGUCUGUGAGAACUGUCGACCGCGUAUCGGCGAGCUGUACCAGAAGCAGCUCACCAAGGUCAGUGAGCUUGAGGUGCGCUUCUCGAGGCUUUGGACACAGUGUCAAAGGUGCCAGGGCAGUAUCCACUGCGAGGUAAUCUGUGCGAGUAGAGAUUGUCCGAUUUUCUACAUGCGCAUGAAGGCCAGGAAGGAUGUCGAGGAUGCCGGGAAAGAGAUGGUGAGGUUUGACAAGGAUGCCGCGCUCUGGUAGUGUGGGACGUUUAUGAGAGCGGAGCAUUGGCGUUUUAUUGCAGAUACCAUGACUGUGGAUUGUCGAUAGGAUACGACGCGUGUAGUCUAUAUCGCUUGUAAAAGAAGCGUACAUUCUCACUGCAUCAUCCGUCUGCAUGUUGACAGGUGCUGGUCCGUUCGCGAUCAUGUCCAAUUGCA